AUGGCCAGGGCAAUGGCCGCACCAACCAAGCAGGCCUACUUGCAGAAGAGCAACAGCAACGGCAGGCGAAUUAAAUCAAAUACUGAAAGUGUGGGGGACUCCGGAACGGACAAUUACAGGGGGUUGACCGUUUUGCGUAUCACAAAGUUGGCGGGGGAGAAGGGUAAAAUGGCAAAGCGUUCGACCUCUCUCGACCAGCAGCGGAAGCUAUGGGCUCUAUAG